GCAAAAAGUUUAAUUAAUAUAAAUAGAAAUCUUAAAAAUGUGCAACGUAAUUACGGUUACAAAAACAACACAACGCAUCAACCAUCAAAAAGUUAUGGAAAAUAUUUAUGGAUUAUUGGCGGCGGUGCGACUGCGAUCAUUUGCAUAAAUUUAUUCAAAUCCAGGACCAAUUCAGUGAAAGCAUUCAAUAUGAGACACUCAAAGUAUGAUGAAGAUUCAACAAUAAGCAAAUUGACAGCACGUGAAAGACGUUUCAUAAAGUUUGCGUCCAGUGAAUAUGAUGGCCAAUUAUAUAUGACACCACAAGAUUUUUUAGAAUCAGUUGUCGAACAAGAACCCAGACCUCGCUUGAAACGUCGCAUACUAAAUGAACGUGAUAUAAAUUCAAUGCGUGACGAAACUCCUCCGUUGAAGAAAGGUUCAAAUCAAUUGUUUAGAAAAUUAAGGGAUCGAGGCAUUAUUUCCUAUACGGAGUAUUUGUUUUUGUUAUCAAUUUUAACAAAGCCGCAAUCAGGUUUCCGUAUUGCUUUCAAUAUGUUCGAUACUGACGGCAAUCAACGUGUGGAUAAAAAUGAAUUUCUGGUGAUUUUAAAAAUUUUGGGUUUUUCUUUUCGUAAUCACGAUAUGGACGACGAAACAAGACGAGUUCUUAAGCGUUUAGUUUCCACUGAAGAACAAGCCAGAGAGCUAUAUUAUUUAAAGAAAAAGGUCAAAAAGGAUAAUAAAAAUACUAUAAUGGAGCGCAUUUUUAGCGGCGCUUGGAAAGAUAAACAUGGUAAAACUAACAAAAAUAAAGAGGACGAAGACGACACAAAUGUAUCGAAUAAAACUCCAGAAGAAGUUAAAGAGGAGGAUAAUUAUAUUGAUGAUGAAGAAGGCUUGCAGCGUAAACAUAAAGUGGAUACAACUUUGCAAAUUCAUUUAUUCGGCAAAAAGGGAAAUCGGGAUCUUCAUUAUGAGGGCUUCCAUAAAUUCAUGGAUAAUUUGCAAACCGAAGUCUUGGAAUUGGAGUUUAGCGAAUUCUCGAAGGGUAGUUUGAUUAUAACUGAAUUGGAUUUUGCAAAGAUUCUUUUGCGUUACACAUAUUUGGAUACCGAUGAAUACGAUAAGUUCCUAGAUCGUCUUUUAGAACGCAUUAAACAUGAACAACAUGGCAUUACGUUUAACGAGUUUUGUGAUUUCUGUCAUUUUCUAAACAACUUGGACGAUUUUGCCAUAGCGAUGCGCAUGUAUACCUUGGCUGAAAGGGCUAUUUCCAAAGAUGAAUUCUCUCGUGCCGUUAAAAUUUGCACUGGUCGCAGUCUUUCGAUGCAUUUAAUUGAUACAGUAUUUGCUAUUUUCGAUGCCGAUGGUGAUGGGUUGUUAUCUUACAAAGAAUUCAUAGCCAUCAUGAAGGAUAGAUUAUAUCGGGGCUUCAAGUCGGUUUCAAAAUCAGAGGGAUGGGAUGCCUUCAAAUCGUGCGUCAGCCAAGAGAUGCGACAAGUGAAAAAUUGAAAGAAAAUGCUUUUGUUAUAAAUUUCUUGUUUUUUGUAUGUGUGUGCUUACUUUAUUUUUUUUUUUUUUUUUAUAUCAACCCAUAUAUGAUAACGAUGAGUUAGUUAGUCCGCCUCAUUACAUCAUAUCUUCAUUCUUUAUAUCCUCCAUUUGCUAAAUAAGCAACAAAUAUAUCUGGGACAUCUCUUACCUAUCUAUUCAAGUUCUAAUCUGGAUCCAAAAGAAUAAGCCUGAACUUAAAUUGUUUCCUAGCUCUUGCCUUCUUAUUUCAUCAGUUAAAGUUUGGGAAUUCAUCCCAAUUACAUUUACCCUCUUUAUCGGUGCACUUUUAAAUUUUUCUUCUCUGUCACCAAUUUGAAACUCUUAUCCUUUACAACGCAGUGCUGCCACGUAGCACGAAAGCAUGACCUAAAACAUGUGCUAUAUCAGGCGUCCCUCGUAUAACACGGUAAACACGGUUUCAAAGUUUUUGCCUAUUAUAAGAGCGGUUUUGAUGUAAAAUUUGGGUUUUGCAAAAAAUCGAGUACAGAUUCCGUUGAAUUUUGUUUCGAUUAGUCCAAAAUUUUAUACCCUACAGCACUUGUGGUACAGAAGUAUAUUAGGUUUGUGCGUGUAUGUGCAAUAAACAGAAGUUAAGGUAGAUCCAUCAUUUCCUAAACCGAUCGAUACAGAAUCACUUUUUGCAUCGAUCUAAGGGUGUCUGUCCAUCUGUGUGUUUUCUUUUGCUCAACUCACAGAUGGAUAUUUUUGGGGUUUUUUGAGAAAAUUUCGUCAGCCGACAUACUUUCGCCUAAUGACAAUGGAAAUGUUCCGGAUCAGACCGCUUUUUCCAUCACUCUCCAUAUAUAAGCUUUUUAUGAAAAGUCAUUCUGUGAAUAACUGUGGUAUAGGGUUAGGUCCGCUUUCACUUGCUUUUAUUUUAUAAAACCUUGAAUGUAUGCUUGGAACAAAAUUUUAGUGAUCAUCGAGUUUUACACCUUCAGAAUUACGGCGCACAUUGCCCUUGGUUCAUUUGCAUGGUUUCGAUAUAACACAAAACAAGAUAACGUCACAAUACUGUGCACAUUGCCUUAAUCUGCAGUACAUCUAAAGUUAAAUUUUAUUAUUCUAUAUUAUAUCCCAGUUUAAAUAAGUAAAUGAAAUAGUUCAGCAUAGCAGUUUCGCUGUAGCUCGGUACAAAUUAGACGUGUUAUAUGGGAGACGCCUGUUUUAAGUGAAUACAUAUUCUGUCUAUAUUAUGAUCAAAUAUCGUACAUAAGCUAAUAAGUAUCAUCAUAAGUAAUGUUAAAAAAUUCGGCUCAAGUCGAAUAUAGUAUCUAUCAUAUUUCUUUUCCUUCCAUAUGCUGGCCUUUAACAAUUCUUUAAAAUUACUUUUACUAAAAAGUGAAGAAAAAU